CAAGAACUCCAAGACGCGCAGGUGGGGAAGCAAGCAAGCGGCGGCAGGAGCAUUUUGGAGAGAGAAAGAAGGGGUUGGUGGGUGAGAGAGAGAGAGAGAGAAGAGGAGAGGCCACGUCAUCUUGACAUCGACGCCGCAGCGGUCGGCGGCGGCGGGGAUGGGUGACUCCGGCGGCUCCGUUGUGUCGGUGGACGUCGAGCGCAUCUCCUUCGGCGGCAAGGAACAUCAUAUACAAACAAACCAUGGAUCUGUAUCUGUUGCCAUAUAUGGUGACCAUGAUAAGCCUGCUCUUAUUACUUAUCCAGAUAUUGCUUUGAACCAUAUGUCUUGCUUCCAAGGACUACUCUUCUGCCCGGAAGCAGCUUCAUUGUUGCUCCACAAUUUUUGCAUUUACCAUAUCAGCCCCCCAGGACAUGAGUUAGGAGCUGCUCCGAUUUUACCAAGCACUCCUGUGGCAUCUGUUGAUGACUUAGCGGAUCAGGUUGCAGACGUACUUGAUUUCUUUGGGUUGGAUUCUGUUAUGUGUUUAGGUGUCACUGCUGGUGCAUACGUUCUUACUCUCUUCGCAACAAAGUAUAGAGAGCGUGUACUAGGACUUAUCCUCGUUUCACCUCUAUGUAAAGCUCCCUCAUGGACAGAGUGGUUUUAUAAUAAGGUAAUGUCAAAUUUGCUAUAUUAUUAUGGGAUGUGCAACUUGGUGAAGGAUAUUUUUUUGCAGCGCUACUUUGGCAAGGGAGUACGUGGAUGCUCUACUGUACCUGAAUCAGAUAUUGUGCAGGCUUGUAGAAGUUUUCUAGAUCAGCGACAGUGCAUGAACGUGUGGCAGUUUAUCCAAACUAUCAAUGAGAGAAAAGACUUGACAGAAAGCCUGAAGCAGCUGCAGUGCAGAACUAUAAUUUUUGUUGGUGAGGAUUCUCAGUUCCAUGCUGAGGCUGUUCACAUGACUGCAAAACUUGAUAGGCGAUAUAGUGCUCUUGUGGAGGUACAAGCAUGUGGAUCAGUUGUGACAGAGGAGCAGCCACAUGCAAUGCUCAUACCAUUGGAGUACUUCCUCAUGGGAUAUGGCCUGUACAGGCCGAGCCAGAUAAACUGCAGCCCUCUCAGCAGUUUGAACCCGUUUUGCAUAUCGCCGGAGCUCCUCUCGCCCGAGAGCAUGGGGGUAAAGUUAAAGCCAAUCAAGACGCGAGUCAAUCUCAAAGCAUAGGAACAAAGAAGGAAAAAGGCGUAGGAACAGAUGCAUAUCCCUUAAUUUUUGUGGUGAAGUGAUAUAGUUGUUACUGUGAUGUACAUAGACAAGAGGUUAGGUUGGUGAGGUUAGGGGUUCAAUUCCAUUGAUUCGUAGCCUUAAAACAGUUGUAAAUUGUCACAGAUUAUUUGUUAAAGAGACUCAAUAAACAAUAAGGGAAGAUGAGCUGUUGCCAAAA